AUGGAAAUGCUUCAAGACGAUGACUGGGAACUGGAUAUAGCUUUUUCUGAUGCAAAAGUAUUUCAACGUAAAGGAGUUUAUACGAUGGAACCUGACAAAGAGUUGAGUAUUGCUUGUGAAAGAUACAGAUACCAAAUGUAUGCACAAGAAUAUCUGGAUGAUGAUGAAAGUGAAACAAGCAGUAGCAUACUUUCGACAAACACUUACUCUGUAGCCACGGAUAAUAUAUCAGUGAUCCAGGGUUUAGAUGACUUUAUGUAUGCUGACCAACAAUCAAUGACGGGCGUAGUCCAAAGGCUGGGUAACAGGUCAAGACAUAUACAAGACUAUAAUGACUGGGACGAAGAUGUCGAGAUUGUACCUUCGAAAAUGAAAGGGUUUAGGGACCGUGUCUAUGAUCCUCAGCUUGUAGUUGAGCCAACACCUGAUCAAGGCUCAACAACUAGUUCCUUUAACCAGAGUAACAGCAACAUUUAUCUAUGUGAACCAGAAUCAGAUCAUGAUGAACUCAGUGGGCUUGAUUUUCCUCCUGACAUGGCGCUGCUCCCAAAAAAGUUGAAUGAAAAGAAAAAGGGUAUUGAAGUGUACCAAUGUCAGCAAGAAACCACUCAGCAACCCAAAUCAAAGAUCCUGGCCUCAGUUGAACGUGAACGUGAUGAUGAUGACUUUUGUAAUGGAUUGAAUAUCAAAGACUUUCAUCUUGGUAAACAAAAAAAGACUCUGGCUUCACAUCCCAUGGCCAGACAGAAGCCAAUACAUCAGUCUCGAAUCCCUCAGUUGAAGCCAUUGCAGCUUCAUCAACCUGAACAACCGCUUCAGAAAUUACCCAUAGAAAGGUAUCGAUAUGCUCUUGGUACAGCUGCUUCUCGCAGGCGAGAGGCAGAAACACGCGCUCAAUCUCAAAAACUGAAGCCAAAACAAAAAGUGGAACUGCCCAUGGUUGAAAAGAGAAGCGCCAAUGGUGUCCUUUUAUUGUCCAAACCCAAAUCUAGCAAGGCAUAUGGAUAUUGCUUUCAACUGGAUGAACUUGAUAACCUAAACACUUUAAAGAGCAAAAAGAAGUACGUUUUACCUGCAAAGCAUCCCAAGGGUGAAAAUGAGAUGGACCCUGAGCGUCCUUGGCGAAAAAACAUGAUAAAAACGAAUCAAAGCAAAAUUAAGCUAAUAAAGCCUAAUGAUCAAGAUAUAAAAAAGGAAUGCAACGGCAUGACUUUUGAUGAAAAGAGUCAAAGUUGGCAAGGCAACGAAAAGGCAUUAUUAGCAUUUCAAGACAAGACAAGUAUUCGUCGACCCAUGUUGAUCUCCAACCGCCAACAGACAAGUAAAUAUACUUCAGUGAUUGUAAACAAUAUGAUCUUUGAUACCGAAAAGCUACAAUGGGUAUCAGCAUUUGGACCAGAAGCUGAACAUAAUGAGUUGGAUGAAAUUGAAGAUCUAAAGGAAGAUACUGUCUAUCGCGUUGGUAAAAAGAAUAAUCAAGAGUUCAAGUUGUCAGUUGAAACAAAGAGAGAAAUGAUGUUUGAUCAAGAAAGACAUGAGAGUUGGAUGAAGCAUUGGCCAUUGUAA